AUGAUAUAUUCUCUUUUCGGGGAUGGUGUUUUGACAAAUAAGUUGAAGCAUAAUUGCUAUAAAAUAAAAUUGAGAAGUUUGAAUGAAAAGUUUACGUGCAAUUUCGAAGUCCUAGAUCAAGCUACAAUUUACGACAAUGUUCGGCCUGUGUGUAAAGGCCCUUGGAUUAAAGAGCUAGAAGAAAAUGGCAUAAUUUUAACAGAUGUCGCGGUUCAUUGCGAAACCAUUCAUAUUCUCGUCGGAGCCGACAUAAUGGGAAGGUUGUUAACCGGAAAUAGGAAAAUUUUGUCUUCGGGUCUCGUUGCUGUAAAAACUAGUUUAGGAUGGACAUUAAUGGGUAAGGUGCCAGUAGAAGAAGCUCCUAAUGAAAACUUAGCAAUGGCGGUGACAUCAAUGUUUAUAAAUGAAGCUGAAGUUUCAAGUCUAUGGAGAUUGAAUUUAAUAGGGAUUAAUGAUCCUGUAGAAAAGAAAUCUAAACAUAAGAUUGAUCUUCAGACCAAAGAACAUUUUUUAAAAACAGUUACAGUAAAUAAUGAUGGUCGGUAUGAAAUUUGCUUACCUUGGGCUGAUGAUAAAUCAUUUUUACCUGAUAAUUUUAGUUUAGCUAAAAAGAGGCUCGAGUACACUACUUCGAAACUUUUAGCUAUGAAUUUGUAUCAACAAUAUGAAAAUGUAUUUUUAAGUUUGAUUGCUGAAGGCAUCAUAGAAAUUGUGCCCACUUCUGAAGUGAACUCUUAUGGUAAUUACUUACCUCAUCGCCCUGUCCUAAAGGCAAGCAGCAGUACCACACCUAUUCGUCCAGUGUUUGAUGCUUCAGCGAGGUUCAUAAACCAUCCUUCUCUAAACCAAUGCUUGCAGUGCGGUCCUAAUUUAAUCGAACUUAUUCCAGACGUCCUACUGCGAUUCAGAGAGCGGCGAUAG